AGCGCUUUCGCGAACGAAGAGAAGGGUGUCGUUUUAGUUUUUAUAAUUUUGUUUAGUGCAAUUUCUUUCUUUAGGUUUGUUAUGUAGACAAUGCUGAUACAAGAUGAUGUCUGAUCAGUUCAGGAAGGUAGAACCCUAUUCUCCGAAGUCCUCGCCCCGAGGUGCGAGGUCACCAGUGGUGUCUCGUCAGGACUCCUCGGGAACUCUGAAGACCACCAUCUCGCUGGGCAAGAACCCGUCCAUAGUGCAUAGUGGACCAUUCUAUUUAAUGAAAGAGCCGCCAGCGGAAUGUGAGUUGACCGGCGCUACGAAUUUAAUGGCAUACUAUGGACUUGAGCACUCUUACAGUAAAUUUAAUGGCAAAAAACUUAAGGAGUCGCUGUCGUCGUUUCUGCCGAACUUACCGGGCAUCAUGGAUGGUCCGGGGCAGGAAGACAACAGCACUCUCGGGUCGGUGAUAGCCAAGAGGCCCAUUGGUGGUAAAGAACUGCUGCCACUGACCAGUGCUCAGCUGGCAGGGUUCCGGUUGCACCCAGGGCCCCUGCCCGAACAGUAUCGCUACGUCAGCGCCACUCCACCCAAAAGACAUAAGAGUAAACAUAAGAAACAUAAGCACACAGAUGGAGCACCUUCUGGACAAGAUACCCCUCUGCAAGACUCAUCAAACCCAGACACCUACGAAAAGAAACACAAAAAGCAGAAACGGCAUGAUGACGAUAAGGAGCGCAAGAAACGGAAAAAGGAGAAGAAAAGAAAAAAGCAAAAGCACAGUCCUGAACACGGUGGACUCACCCCCAGCCAGCAUCCCAUACCUUAGAAUCUAGAUCUGUUACGCUGAUGGAUACUCCUACUGAAAUAUUUGCAUUACAUCUAAGUCAGGUAUGUCUAAGAAAAAAUCUAUUCAGGCUUGUUUAGUCAAUUUCCAUGAGAUGAGCACCAAAAAAACUUUUAAAAAAGGAAGUAUGGACUGAUAUCAAAAUCUUGCCUGGAUUCAAUCCUUGGCAAGCAGAGGUCACCAAUCAAGUCAGUCAGAACAUUUAUUCAAGAUUAAUUCAGUUUUCCAAAGCCCAAAACAUGAAUAUCGGAAAUUACGCUAUAUGGAUUAAUUGGUGUGUAAAAUUCCGUAAUUCAUUUUUGAUAUAAUUGUAAUAUAAAUUAUAAUGUAUACAUAAAUAAAUUUUGCAAACGAGUUUGUUCUAUCAAUGAGCAAUAAUAUGUUCAUUAACUAACUUGUUUUCUUUUUAAUAAUUGUUAAGUCAGAAUAUAAGCUAAUUUACAGUAAUUUGUUUAUGAAUACAAUUUUGUAAUCUUGUUAAAAUUAAAACACAAGCAAUUAAUUGAUUAGGUAUGAUAAUGAUUUCAUUAGGCAUAAAUCUUGGGAAUACUUAGUUAAUGACUUGCUAAUCUCAUUCAUUACUUAAUUUCAGUUGGAGUGUUCUGAUUAAGUAUAAGGCUGAAUGGUAUUGAGUUCAAAGAGAAUCCAGAAAAAAGUAAUAUUAAAAAAUAAAAUGAUUUCUGUUAGUUUGUUGAAACAAUUUAAGCACAUAAAAAUGCUAUUUUUGUUUCUAAACACUCUUUGGGCUCGACAUAUUCAAACGUAAUAAUUUAAGUAUUACAUUUAGAAGUAAGGGUUACAAUAUUGUUUAGUUUUCAUUAUUCACUUCAUAUUAUUCUGCACCACUCUAAUGUGGGGAUAAGAUAAUAUAUCUACCUAUAUUAUGUGUGCAACAUAAAAGUUAUGAACAAUAGGCACAUUUGGCAAAAGCCCUUCAUGUCCUCCAAACUUGAUUCAAUAUGAUAUAUCAGCAUAGAUUUACUACUACCGUAGAUUGAACAUCAGCGCUCAAAAAGUGGCACGCAAAGUUACUGUUAACAUAGCGACGUUGACAGUACUUUACCUCAGUGCGCGAUUAGGCGCCGAACUGGCAACACGGGGAAGUGCGUGGUAAAAACUUGCAAAAUAGAAGCUCAAAGCGAAAAAAGAACGAUCGAACAUCAUAUUUCUAAUAAGUAAUGACAUUGUGCAUGUUAUCAUAGUUUUAAUUUUCGCAGUAAAAUCCACCAAAAUUAUGAUUUAAUUUUAAAAUACACUAAAACAUGUAAUCCGAGUCGCAGUAUAACCCGACAGCGAUACAAAACACCGCCCGCUUACAUACGUAAUAACACGAUGCGUACUUUCUUAAUUUGAUACGAUUUUAUUGAUUGUAUAUACCACUAUGUACGAAUAUAUAACUAAACAAGCGCCAAGUUUCGCCGCAUUUUUGUGUCAAGCGCUGUAUCUACGGUAGUGGUAAAUCAGUGUAUAUCAUCUACUAUUUACUCGAACACCUGUGUAAAUAAGUUUAGAUAAGUAGGUAAUCUAUAGGAAUUCGGUUCUAGAGUUAUGUAACAAACUACAUAAUUGAGGCUAUCAGUGGAGGUGGGCUCGUAAGACCGUGCUACGCGAACGCGAGACGUACUUCAUUGCCGCGCAGCAUCGUCUAGCAGCGCAAUAUUGCUCCACUGGGCAACAUAACAUGUUGCCGUGAGAUCUUUAGGCAUUGACGUAUGUAUAACAUAAUUAUGUUACUUCUUUGUCUUUAGGGUUGAACUAUAUUUGAACGUAUCGCAGUUUCUUAGGUUUGUAUCCUUUUCUGUCACCCAGAACAGUCAUUUGCUAGAGCGAGAUAAAGAGCUGGAUCGCACUCUCACCGCCUCGAUAAAUCUGCCUGCGGUUGCAUUAUCUCACUCUGGUUCUGGGUGUCAGAAAAAGAUAGAAGCAUAGGUGUGACAGCUCAACCCAAGCGUUCACAAAAGGUUAAAAGAUGCAUGAUAUUUAAGGCGACUGUCGUUUCUGUGUAUGGGAUUACGUCAUCGAAUUGUACAAAAAUGGCGGGAAAAAUGGCGUAACAUGGACCGGAUAACCAUUAUGCUCUAUACUUAUUGCAGAGCGAUAACCAUCAUCUCCCUAGCGUUACUCCGUUUUCACAGGGUCCGCUUACCUACCCUAAAAAUUGACAGGCUCGAUUUUUAUAGAAGCGACUGCCUGUCUGACCUUCCAACCCGCGAAGGGAAAACUAGCCCAACACAGGUUAGGUCACAAUACAAGUUAGCUCACACACCUCCAAAACGCAUAAACACUUGUUUAUGCGGCUACUAAUGAGGUGUAAAAAGGGGCAUUUACAACUUAAAUCUACAUACCACGUUUACAGAUGAAUACGAUUGUAAAAUAAUAUCAUACUUACUAAAACUUAUAAUUCCUAUUACGGUUGGUAGAAGCAUAAAUCUUCACACGACGAUUCUGAAGCGACAUUUGGUAUCUUGUAAGAUAGAUAUAAAUUGUAAUAACAUGCAUAUUAUAGUAGUUUUCAACACGUUUGUAUUUAUGUACGUCUAAUGUUACCGAAAUUAAUCAGCAAUUUUUGUGGGUAAAUGUAUCUCAUGAAACUUUUGUAAAUAUGUACCUCUUAUCCCUCUUCAUACCCAAUAAAUACCAUAAAAUGA